AUGCAGUUCCUGCCGGAUUUCUCCAACGCCUACUUAAGAUACGUCCUCGAAAAGUUUAGCGCAAAUGAUUUGCCAGUAAAGGAAAACGUUCUAUUUCACCUGACUCUGAGGUACCUACGUGAGCGCACCACCACCUCGGUAGGAGGAAAGACAAGCGAAAGGGACUCCCAGCUGAUUAACAGCAUUGAAAAUAACUCCUACAAAUUUAUUGCCGACCAUGCGAGGGUCCUAAAAAAAUGCGCAAAGGGGAAGAAGCAAAAGGAGGCAAAUUUUGGACACUGCAGGACAGAGGGAAGAGCAGAAGAGGGCAACCACCUCCCCCCCUCUCAAAACAAAACCAUCGACGCGUACUUAAAAAUGAAAAAAAAAUUUAACAUCAUUUUUGUUAGCAUAAAAAGCGAAAGGAAUAUUUACAGAGUGUUUAGAAAAAUUAAGAGAAACAUUUCUUUUUACGACUUCCAGGAGCGACUAGCCAUUUUGUGUUUUUUCCAUCGACAUGCACAGCACAGAUUUGCACUUGACUUUUUUAAAAAAUACAUUUUUAGCCUUAAGAAUGAAAACAAUUUAUUUGUCCUUCAUUUGGUCUCCUCGCUGGGGGAAAGUACUCUCCUGAAGAGGUACAUGCUCGUUCCCCAUUUGACUUACCACGCGAUUUUGAGCACACCUGAGGGGGGGGGCGGCAGUUGCGGGGAUACAUUCAAGUGGAGCUUCCUGCCUAUUAACGCGUGCAACUAUGUGGAGAGCUACAUGAAGGAGAGGUUCUUCCUUGGAGGGGCCAGCGGGAGGGGCGGACCCCGUGUGGAUAGACCCCACACCGAGGCGACCUUCCUAAUCUACGCCAAGUUGCUCGACUCCCUCGCGCAAAAGAGGAACUGCUACUUCCCCGAGCUGUUCCUCAAGCAGUUUUGCCUCUACUACUCAGAGCAAAAGGAGAUCCCCCACGACGGCAAGUGGCACUACUUCCUCAUCACCGUGUCCGCCCUGAUGAAGGCGCACUACGUGAGGGGGAGGCUCCAAGUGAGGGGGAAGCCCUACGUGAGUGCGGCGGCACACGAGGGGGUAAGCCGCUCUUUAGCAAACCGCCCCUUAGCAAACUGCUCCCUAGCAAACCGCGUCACCAUACACGACGAUGACAUUUUCAGGGACAAAACGCACUGCUUGGCCAUCCGUGGAGGAAAUCGCCUGAACAGUCAGGUGGUGGCUUACCUCCUGGGGGCUCCCCCCAGAGGGGACGCCCUCAAGCAGUACUCCCUUCUGCUCCUUCUGCAGUACGCCUUUUUACUGAAGCUCAACCUCGAGCAUGUCAACCUGGUGAGUAGGAACUCCCCCAAUCAUUUUUCCAACGGGGUGGAUCGUAUCGAGUCGUCAGUGAAGGAAAUGGCGAAACAGAUCAGUGGAACAGAACCCACAUUUUUGGAAAAACAAGCAACGCCACCUGAACAAAGGGAAGACCUCCUCACACGAAUAACUUUCCUAUACGAGUCUAUUUUAUCAAGCCACUGCAACCACACAGGUGAGUCAAUUUUGUUAUAUAACUACACAUUUCAGGAGUUGACCGCAUUUGUGGGGAACUAUCUAACGGACGUAAUGGAGACGUCCUUCCAUGGGGUGGGAGAAGUUGCAGAGGAGAUGAACGUGUUUGCCAAGCACAUCCUACCGCUGUGUAGAGUUAACCCACGUCUUUUUUUCAUCCUUAUGGAGGCCCUAAAAGAGGGUAGCAACCCCCACAUGGCGAGGCACCUCUGGUUGGGAAGUCAACACAUGCUGAGGAAUUUGCGGCCAUGGGUAAGAGAAGCCAUCGCGGGGGAGCUCCUCGGAGGAGGAUCAGAGGGAGGGGGCAGUCAAGGAGAGACCCACCAGGGAGACACCCACCAGGGAGAGGCUCACAACCGGGGAGACCCCCCCUUGGCCCGCACCAUAUCAGCGUACGACUCAGUGCAGAACACCUACCAACAAAUAACCAGCUGCUACGACAAGGCGCAAAUUAAGAGGCUGCUUAAAGGACUGCUCACCGCGCGCAUGCAGACGAAAGGGGACCCUUCCCCCCUGGGCGUUUUUAAGAGACCCAUUUUGGCCCUAAAUUUGAAGCAAAUUUUUUUCCUCUUUGUUACGUUAAAUUAUUUCAAUUUGCACUGCGAGGUUGUUCGGCUCUUUCGACACGUUAUGGGUGAAGCAGCGUUUAGGAAAAGCUUCUGCAGGGCUGUGUUGAGGAGGGGGAAGCAUCCCCCUUUGGAGGAACAUCCCUCCGUGGAGGAACACAAACUGCGCCAAAAAAUUCUGUACCUUUACUGCAACUCAAGCUUUUGCGUAGACAGUCCUUUGCGCCUGCCUGCGGGGGUGACAUGCUCGCGGGGGCUCAUGAAGCACGUGCUCUUCUAUCGCGACCCGCUGCACAUGUUUAACCACCUGAUGGGGAAGUACGCAGGAGGAGCGGCUGCCGGGGGGAGCAUCAAGGGUGCCGCCAAAAGCAAAGCCGCAAUGGAAGAAAUUUUACAAAAAAUGGAAAGCAGCAAAUUCUUCCGCGAGGAAAGUUUGAGCAAAUUUCGAAGUAGUAACAUUUAUAAGCAAUUUUUUUCCGAAGGAAUAUACACCCGCGUGAGUCAGACGGAGUACACACUCAUUUUUUACCAACUGAUGAGGCAUCUAUACAAGCAGGGAUCCACAUGGCACACCGGUGGGGGAGAGAACAGAGCGAAGCAAAGUGAAAGUAACUCCACUGAGUCAUCGUGGCAAGUCGAAUUCGUAUACCUACAUUUUUACGCCGCAUGGCAAUCGUACCUGAAGGUGCACAAAAUGAGCAAAAUAAACUUCCUAAUCUGCGCGAAGACAUUUUUGCUGGUGAACGAUAUGGGAAGCUUCCAAAAUUUACUUUGCACAAACAAAAGGAUGGCGGAAAAGCAAGCCAUUUUUGUUAACUCCCUUUUGAAUAACUACCUCCAUCAUUGCGGUGGGUAUCUGCACACGGUGAAGAAUAAUUUCAUUGCGCCUGCCGACAUGUACAUCACCCGCGGAGGUGAGCUGAUCAUUUUUAACUUAAAUCACGAGCAACUUGUGCAGAGGAUACCUCACUUUGGGGAGUACCACGGGCAGUGUAAAGUCACGCUCUUCAUCGAUUACAGGAAAUUGUUCCCAGAUUUAAUAAACCUACAGUUUUAUAUGACGCUCCCCUUUUUACAAAGUCCAAAGGUGAAGUCAUUCCUCGAGGAAAAUAAAAUAACCCUAUGUGAAGAAAACUUUUGGAGCGUUACCGAUAUGGUCAUAUUUUACGGGAAAUGCCUCGACAAAAGGGACAAAAUUGUGGAGUUUUUUUCCAAACAGAUGAGUGAUUUUCGCAUACAGAGGAAUAAUCUCAUUAAAGACGCGUUCGUCGUUUCACGGAAGGGGUAA